CUUGUUUUUUCUGCGGUGGACAGAAAGUCUGUUUAGAGAAACGGAGGUCGGGAAAGAAACGGAGUGGUGUUUAGAGAGCGUUGUUUCUGCUGAAUGAUACCACUUCCCGUUGUACAUCUUUUGAAGUUCUCGAAACUGGGGUUGGCAAGUGGAAUUUCGGCUGUUUUCUUGGGGGUUUUUUUUUUCUUCUUUUCUUUUUCUCAGGGUCAUGAUGGAGUUGACGAAAAGACAUGGAUGAAUGACAUAAAUGAUGGGAUACGAACAUAUUUUUUUAGAACUUUACUCGGGUCAAGAGCCCUGCUUUGUGCUAUAUUGCGCGACUUUGGAAGAGGUCCUGGCGCGCAAAGACAAAUACGUUUUUACAUACACUCUGGAACACAUGUACAUACGGACGGAGUGGAAAAGGAAUGAGCUGUCUUGAUCAAGAAAUUUGCUUGGUAGAGCAGCUUUCAUUCUUGCAGCCGCGCUUAUCUCGGUUGCUUGGGAGGAGAGAAAUACAAAUAAAUGAUGGUUGAGACACACCAAACACACACAUUUGUGCACUUUUGCAGUGAGAUGGUGUCUGGUGAUAGUUGCAUGGCACCAAUG